UCAGCGAUGAAUGAACAGUUUAAGGAGAACAACGGACAUCUAAACAGAAGCAAAAUAAUGAUAUUAGAAAUGGAUGCUGUCGUUUUGCAGUUGCUCUUGAUUGCAGUUUGCUUCAGUUUGGCAGAUACAUAUUGCAUGGAAUAUUAUGCGACAUCUAAAAGAACAUGCACCGGAUGGUGGGGAUGGUCGGGAUGCAAAGAUCUAUAUUUUCAACAGACCGGAUGCUGUAACGGAUGGACACACAGUUGGAAGCCAUUUUUUGAGAGAUGUGGUUCACCACUCUGCUCUAAAGGCUACGGUCCAAAUACUUGCAAUAGAAACAAUGAAGGGAAAGCGAAAUACAUAAAUGGAAGCGUUGUGACAAAUAGUGGUGGAACAUGCUAUGCCCCAUCACAAUGCAGAGAUUGUAAUGAAGGAUUUUAUCCAGUGACCUAUGACAACGGAUAUUGCAAAGCGUGCUACAAACCAUCAUUCUGCAAUCGGGCUGUCUGCUCAAACUGGGACGAUUAUAGGUGUGAAUAUUGUAUUGAAGAAUACAAAAGAGAAAGCCCAGGAUACAACGUCUAUACUAGUAAACCAGAUGAUAAGCAAUGUCAAAAGGCGUGUUCUUGGAAACAGGGAGCAAGAUGUUUUCCUGGAAGCUGCACUGGUGAUAUGGUACUAAGCAAAGACUGUAAAUGUGCCGUCGGAUUCGGUGGUGGUAUGGACUGUGCAACUGCUACAUCUGCAAGAAAACCGACAAUUAAAGAUUUCUCUUUUAACCUGGUGGAUAAUACAGAUCAUAAACUGGUAUUGGAUAAAGCAUUUAGUAAACCAAAAUUCUGGACCAAAGUAACUGAUUGGUCAAAGCUAACGCUGAAAGCUUCGUCACACUAUAAACCGGAGAUAGACAGCGCAACGAUACCAAACUAUAUAACAGAUUAUACGAUCGGAAUAGAUGACAUGGACAUUGGUCUCACGUUGUUCAGAGGUGCGGACAGGGCAAAGUGGUCAAUAAACGGAGAGUGUAAAAAUUUUGCUGAAAACUGUGAUAAAGAGAUCCAGCCGAAAUAUUUAAAGAGUAUAACAUCAUGGCAAAGGAUAUUUAAAGGAAACUUUAUGCAUGGGGAUAGAAUAGAAUAUACCGUAUCUGCUAAAAACGGUGGCGAAGUAUUUUAUGAAGACAGAAGUAGUUUUCAGCGGCCAUAUUUAGAAAAGCCGUAUUUUCUUAAUGGUAUUAUAACAACCGAAUCUCUUGAACUGGAAUUUGACAUUUACCCGCCUGUCCAUUGCUUUGAACAAAGUGAUGACUGUAAGAAAGAUGCAUUAAAGGCAACAGAUUUUCUUACACAGCCAAAAGUGACCGUGCAGUGGGACGGAUGGAGUGACAGUGAUUCUGGCGUAGAAGAGUAUGUGUUUAAUAUAUACACAUUAAAAAAAACAACUGACACUGGUCCACUUAUGAAUGGAAAGUUGCUAAAUCCUUCUAGGAAUACCAGUUCCUCAUAUAGUUCCCUCACGCUAGAUUUUGAAGAACCGGGUCCAUAUUCUAUUGAAAUUGUUACAUACGACCGGGCUAGAAACCACAAAGUUGCAAGGAGAAUAGUAUUGUUUGACAAUGCAUCUGUUGUUGAUCUUCAUGGAAGUCAAAGUAGAGUCAUACAGGCCACGGCAAAUGACUGGAUUAAUAAGUUUAGCGAUGUAAUUGAAAUUGUCUGGCCAGGAAGAUUCAUCAAUGUUAGACAUAGUAGCGGCCGAUGGCUAAAUGAAGUUGAGGAAAGUAAGGAUGUAAGCAGGGACCUUGAUGAUCGUCACGGAAGAUCUGAAAGGACAAUUGAAAAGAUAGAUAAUAUAGAUGGAGUUAUACGUUUCGAAAUAGCACAUUUGACCGAAUUUCAAAACUCUUCAACAUUCAGUGGUUUUCAAAGGGUACCUGAUGAGUACUUUCAUAGCCAGAAAAUGAUAUACACGAAUGAGGAAUUAAUCGAUGGCAAGAAAUUGACCUAUCGUAUACGUGGAUACGAUGCUGUUGGAGAAUAUGCCGAGGACAAUGUAACAGUUAUGAUAGAUCUGUCGCCUCCAGUUAUACAAAAUUUGUGGCUGACAAAGGGAGAUUUAGUCAAUAUCAGCGUUCAUAGUGUUUUGGAAUUGAAGGAACUCACAAUUGAAUGGGAAACAUUUGAUUAUCACAGUGGCAUACAUGAGGUGUCGUGGAAAGUAUUUGAUAACUUUACUAAAGAUGUGGUUGUCCAUGGUUAUUCGAAUGAACCCCCACAAGGUGAAACAAAGGAUUUAAAGGAGUGUAAUCAAAAAUACGGUUUAUAUCCCCGAGGACCAAACUGCUACUGUUCUCCGUACAAUGGAUGUUUUCAUAGACAUUAUCAGAUCAAACCACCAGUUUCUAACCUUAGCAAUGCUGGUUUACACUUUGGUAAAGAGAUAGGCGACCAUGAUUACGACUAUUAUAUAGAGGUUACUGUUAUCAACAUUGCUGGGCUUACAACAACCAAACAUAAGAAGAUAACAAUUGACACGUCACCACCACACGAAGGCAAAGUGUAUGAUGGUAUUCCUGGAGAUUCUGAAGUUGAUUUUCAGCAGUCACUAAAGCUAACAGGGCAUUGGAAUGACUUUUUCGACAAAGAAAGUGGUGUUUGGUUAUAUUCAUAUGGAUUUGGUGAAAACUGUUUUGAUGAAAACGAUCUUAAUAUAUAUUCAAAGGUUAAUUGGACGUAUGAAAGUACAGCUGAGUUUAUAGCACCAAAACCUGGCAAAUAUUUCCUCACAGUCAUGGCAUAUAAUCACGCCAUUGGUCAUAGUGAACCUGUUUGUUCUGACGGUGUUACGAUUGAUAACUUACCGGCUGCUGUAUCCGAAGUUAUUUUACACGAUGCUGUGACGGCAAAUGGUCUUAUCAAAAGUGAUGCCACUGAUACGGUGUAUGUCCUCAAUAGAAACAGAGAAUUGGAGGAAGUUGCUAAUCCCUCUAAAACUUGCAGAGAUAAGGCAACUGCAGUUCAAGAAUCUAUCAUAAAGCUAUACCCUCAUAGAAGGUGUUCUAAUGGAACUGUAGAUGUUGUUGAAUUAAAUGAAGAGUGUAAUGAGCUACAUGGCGUUCAUUCAGAUUUGAUAUCUUAUAUCACGUCUGAUUCAAAGAUCGACAUAUCAUGGAAUGUCACUCUGGGAGCUGGUAAUGUUCAUGAUUAUGAAGUUGGAAUAGCAUCUGAAAUUUCAGAGUUUCCGGAUGUUAUGGACUUCACGUCCUCGCAUCAUCAUCAGCAUAUACGUAUAUUCCAUCCUGAUAUAUUUGACGGGGAGCAGUUUUAUGUCAUAAUCAAAUCGAUAACUAAAUCAUCUGUCACUGACAUUAAGAUAAUUGGGCCAUUUGUUUAUGACUCUUCAAAGCCAGAUUUUACUGGAGAAAUCAGCCUUACAGUUGAGCAUACAAAGGUCGAAACGUAUCUGGUGGCAAAGUGGGAUGAAAAUUCAUUUACCGACCACGGAGACCCUAAUGCUCUGCAAUAUGAAGCAGCUAUUGGUACAACAAGAAACGGAAAAGACGUCAUUACAUUUAGCAAAAUAUUAACUGGUGGAAGUUGUAAUUCACAUACACCACCAACUUGCGCAGCUUUUUCAACUCAUUCCCUUCCAUGGCACUUACAUGGUGAACUCGACUACUUUGUAACAAUUAAAGUAAGAGAUACGGCCGGUCACUUUGUUACGGCUUACUCAAAGCCAUACAGACACAGCAUUGAAAUGGCAUCGAGGGGCAUUGUUCAUGACAUCGACGGAAUAAUUACUCAGUUUGUUGACAUUGAUGACAUCGACUAUCAGACAAGUACCUCUAAAUUAACAGCCAGAUGGUCAGGCUUUGAGCACCCACAUGAAGAUAUAAACUUUACUGUUUGCAUUUCUAACACUACUAUCAAAGAUAUCGUAACAUGUGCAAAUAUCGAUUCUGGCAAUAGACAUACAUUUUAUGGUCUUAAUCUAAAACCAUAUCAGACAUAUUUCCAAAUUGUUAUAGCCGAAACCGAAGCAGGAAAUACGACAGCAGUAUCUGAUGGUAUUACAAUUGUUGAGGAAGGUGGGGAAAUAAAGGGGAUACAAGUAUUUGAUGGCGCUCGUUGUAAUGAUUCAUUAGUUGAUGAUCUUAACCAUACUACGUCACAUCAUGAUGAGGACAAACGUUUACCUUGUACUGAGGAUAAAGAAUUCCAGUCAUCAACAAAUGUUCUGCAAGCAUAUUGGACAAUACCAACAGAAAAAGAACAUUUCCUGCAUGACAUACACUGGGCGAUAGAGGAACGUGCUCCAGUUGCUAAUAUAUGGAGGCUCCAUACUGACUAUGAACCAUUGAAGGCAAGUUCGUCGUUCAUGGAAGAAAGUGGUUUAUCCCUAUCUCCUGGCCGAUCAUAUAGGAUAUCUUUGAAAUUUUGUGCAGGAAAAUAUUGUUUCAAACCUGUACAUAGUGAUGGUGUUACUGUUGUCCCAAAUCCUCCAGUUACUGGGAAUGUGACUGUUACAUAUACUGCAAAUACAACAUUAAUUGAAGUCAGUAUGGACCCAUUCAGAGAUUCAGAUAUUGAAGAUCCUGCUAAUUCAAAAGAAGUCAUGGAUCAUUAUGAAUGGACCUUUGCAGAUGAAUCUGUGUUAGGUCGUCUACUGACAAAAUGGACAAGGCUUUCAUAUAAACCAUCCAAAGAUGAUAAUCAAAUUACUUUUAGCAUAGAUCUCAAAGAAAAAAUAACAUUCACGAAAUGUUGGAUUCUGACAAUUCGAGGAUAUACUAAAGCUGGGUUGUCAGCUACAAAAUCAUCAGAAAUUAGAGACUGUAGUGACCUGCAACAAGUCAGACCGUCAGUAGUUAUAGACGCCGUUGGAGAACCUUUAUCAACAGAAAAUAAGCACAUUGGUAAAGAAAUUUUCCUGGAUGAAAAUGAUAUAUGGAAACAAUCAGAUAUAGAUUAUACCCCGUACAGUAAUAUGCUUAGUGCAGUAUGGCCGACAUUAAGACAUUCACAAUACACAUGGGCGGUACUAUUAGUGAAGGUAAACGACCCAACGGUGUUUUACGACAGGUCAAGAAAGUUGAACUUGGAUGACCCCUGCGAACAUCCCGAUGCUAUUAAAUGUGGUCAGACAGAACAUGAAUUUGUCAACGUUGAAUUCAAUUCUGGAGAACUCGCCCAUGGAAGUCGAUAUAUAAUCUGCAUUCACGCUAACGCAUCUAAGAUAGAACAUGAGUUCUGGGAUCAGGAAUUACAGGAAAUAGACGAAUGUAGCAAUGGAAUAACAGUUGAUCUUACACCACCAGUUGCAGCCGAUGUGUGGAUAGGAAAUGAGAAAAACAAUUUAUUUCAAUUUCAUUACAUUUUAGGAACUACCUCUGGUGGUGUAGACAUUAAACCGUUCACAGAUGUUGGACUAACAAAUCAUUGGACAUUCCAUGAUCUUAAGCUACAAAAUGGACACACGUACUUUGCUACAGUUAUGGCUUACGACUUUACGGGACAGUUUUCGAAUUCGAAGUCAGACGGUAUCAAGAUAGACACAACACCACCACAAUUAUUAAACGGAACAAUAACAUUACCAUCAAGGCAUAUCUCUGACACAGAUUAUGUAGAAGCUUGUUGGACAAAUGUUUUUGUUGACUCGGAAAGCGGAAUAUCACAUUAUAGUUGGGGAGUAGGUACACAUCCCGGCUUUGACGACAAAUUUUCAUUUGAUGGUACAGAAGAAGAGUGUGCAAAAACACCGGAAAACAAGCCUUUGACAUUAAAAGAGGGUCAUGCUUAUUAUAUAACUGUGAAGGCGCAUAACAAAGCUGGUUUAUACGCUGCAACGUCAUCCUGGGCAUUUACAGUAGAAGCAACACCACCAAUUCCUGGUAAAGUGUACGAUGGUCCACCUGGAAAAGAUGGGACAUGCAUUGAUGUCGAUUAUAUAGAAAAUCAUUCCACGUUGAAGGCUCAUUGGAAAGGUUUUCAUGACCCACACAGCACCAUGGUAGAAUAUUUUGUGAAUAUAGGGUCUUGCAAAGAUUGUGAAGAUGUCUUGGUAAAACAAUCGAUCGGUAUAAAGACAGGUACAACAUCGCAAUACAACGUAACGAGGCAAUUUCAAUUUGAAAAUGGCUUAUCCAUCAUAACUUUUAUUUUGUGCUUGUUUUACUUUUUUGCAGGUAUUGAGUUCACAUUUCUACAACUGUCGGAAGGACUUCACUAUUAUGUGACUGUAACGGCGUGUAACACAGCUGGACUUUGUUCAUCUGCGACAUCAGAUGGCUUUGUCGUAGAUUCAACUCCACCAAUACGCGGAAUAGUGACAGACGGACCAUUUGAAACUGAGUUACAAUAUCAAGCAUCAAGGAACUAUAUCGGUUGUGAGUGGGAUAGUUUUACUGAUCCACAGUCGGAUAUAUCACACUAUGUAUGGAGAGUAGGGACAACAAAAGGUGGUGACAAUAUACUACCUGCUAAAGAUGUUCAUAGGCAUGAGGAGGCUUUUAUUUUUGAUCUACACUCAGAAUAUAAAAAGACUCUACCUAAAGGAGUUCGCAUCUUCUGCACUGUGCGCGCUUAUAACCGAGCAGGAAUGUAUGUCGAAGCGACAUCGAAUGGUUUUAUUGUUGAUGAUACUCCGCCAAUUUUUACAACAAACCUUACAAUGUCACCAAUCGGGACUAUCAAAACAGGAACUUCCGUGUCAAGGACGACUCUAAGAGUUUAUUGGGAUGUCAAAGAUGAAGAGUCAUUCAUUGAAUCUCAACAUCUUUCUAUAUCUUCACAUAUGGGUGGAGAUUUUAAUUUGUCUUCCACCAAAGUAGAGGGCAUUGUGAGAGAUUACACAUUCACUGACCUUGACUUCCACGAUGGUAGUUUUUACGACAUCAAACUGAUAUCCUGUAAUGGUGCUAAUCUGUGUUCAACAUCAAUACUUGCAAAUAUUCUAGUAGAUAGCACUCGACCCACACCAGGAACAUUCGCCAUCAAUACUGACCACGCGGCAGCUUUAGACAGACAGCCUGAAGAUUGGAUGAAAUGGACAACCAUAUCUAUUAAUCUUGCUUGGCUCGGUUUUGAGGAUUUACACUCAGAUGUUCAUUCAUAUAACGUCAACUUUGGUAGUCAGUUUAAGGGCAAUGAUUUAAAUGAGGUACCUUAUACACCAAUGAUUGUAAACCACGAUGUGAAUGCAACGUUUCAUGAAGACGGAAAGGUUCAGACGUUCAAAUUUUAUACACAAAGGCUGAGACAAAACAUGACAGUUUAUAUAAGUGUUUCAGCAAAUAAUCACGUUGGACUUUCUAGUGAAAUAGUGCAUUCGCAAUUCAAUCUCUUGUUUGGAGGGAUAAUGGAGCUUGUACGUCGAUGUGACAGUUUUUCCUGUGAAGGUCAUUGUGUGUGUGCCCCACAUGGUAAGCUGUGUCACAGUAACAAGCAUUGUAAAGAUAUCAGUGGAUCUGGUAAUAAUAAUACUGUGAUUGAAGUCGAGGACUAUUUAGAUCUACGAUUUCCAGACAACAAUCUUCAGCCUCUUCAUUCACCAUUUAAUAGUAUACUUGCUGCAAAAUGGAAAAUCACAAAUCUAAAAGGCAGUCGUCCUCUUUGGGUCGAGUGGAGCGUAGGCGAAAGUGACGAUGAUCUUCCACUUGGUGUAUUUGAUAAGGUGAAAGAAAAAUUAUGGCAUGAAAUAGGUCAAGACAAUAGUAUCGUAUUCACAGUUGAUAGAGGUAAAAUUGAAAUAUAA